AUGGCUACAAUUGUAAAUUUUGCUCUCUCUUUCUCACACUCUUCCUCCAUUUUUCGGCACGAAAGAACUCGAGUUUCAGCUAAUUCAUCUUUGAAAAUUGAAACAAAUAAUCGGGUUUGGUUGCGAGUCAGUGAAAAUUCCACUCCCCAUGUGAAAAAACAUUUCAAAACCGAUAAUGAAGGAAUCGAAAGGAUUCAUUCCCCUGAAGAAUUCGACGAGCAUCUUUUAUCUUCGGAGGAAAAACUCGUGAUUGCUCAUUUUUCGACCGGUCGCUACAAGUACAAUUCAAUAAUACGCCGGUUCAUGGAGGAACAAUGCCUGGUGUCGAACGAGCAAAAAAAAGUCAAUCAAGCGUCCAGGUUCCAACCGAGAAAGCUCGCGGACAACAUUUUGUACUACGGAUAUGACCCGUUUUCACCCGUGGUCGAGGUGAAAUCAGGGGACGAUUUGGUGAAUUUGAUAAAGAUUCGUAAAGUACUCGUUGUGGUCAAUGUGGUCAAGGAUUGGUGUUCGCCUUGCGCAAAAAUAUACCCUGGCGUGCUUAAACUGGCGAGUCAGUUGGUCAAUAAGGUCGUGUUUGCUAGAAUGAAUGUCGAUGAAAACGGUGGUUUCAUGAGGAUGAUGAGGGAAAUGGAUGUUCGGAGAAUGCCAGCAUUUUUGUUUUUCGAAAACGGGGAUUUGCGUGGAAAAAAUAAAAAUAAAAAAACGAGCGGUGAAGAGGGAGCAAGGCUCGCCGAAGGUCGGUCGCGGAGUGAUGCUCGCGCUCGCCGGAGGUCGGGUCGGCGAACUUCCACUGUGAGGGAGCAAGCCUCAUCGGAGGUCGGUCGCGGAGUAAAGCUCGCACUCGUCGGAGGUCGGUCGGUGAACUUCCACAGUGCCAGCAAGUCCUGUCGGAGGUCGGUCGCGGAGUAA